AUGGCCACCGUCGAACAUAGGCGUCGCUACAGCUAUGUCUGGCAUGAGAUGCCCGACGAGGUGCGUGAGAGAAUCCAUAUUGCGUACACUGGCCCAGAUAAUACGCAGAACGCUGACCUUUGCAACAACGAUACCAACACGCCACAAAGCAAAACUGAGAAAGUCACAUCAGCUGAUGGAGUCGCAGCGCCGCCUUCACAGCCUGAGGAGCCAAUGCAGAAUGGAGAUCAUCCUCCAGAGACGGAGGCGGAACCACAACCGGAGCAAGAGAGCGAAGAGCCUGCAAUGCAGAUGGGUGAGCCGAAGGAUGAGGAACCGAAAGAGGGCCAUGUUGACGCAGUAGAGCAGCCGAAAACGAUUGGCUCUGCAAAGGCGGGGAAGACAAGAUACACCAUCCGUUUCCGUGGCGCCAAGUGGGGAACAGUGCUCAAGAAGAAGCGUGCUGGGCUGGAGGCGGCCUUCAAGAAGGACGUGGUGGAGGCAACUGGACUUAACGAGAAGCACAUUGAGAAGCUGCAAUUCCGCUUUACUGAUGUGAUGGUCGCAAAUUUAACUGUGCGCCACCAGAACGACGCUGAAAAAAUGGCAGAAUUCCACGCUACGCUGCAGUCAUACAACUUCCCGUGCACGACUGCUCUCUACACCCGCAUAUAG